AUGGCCCUUCAAUCUGCAAAGCGCGAACUGCGCAAAACUCGAGCCGCCACGACCAAAUUCCUCUCGCUGGCCGAGUACCAGAACGCGAACAGUAUUGCUGUCUACUUGUCCAUGCCCACUGGAGAGCUGUCUACUACUGGAAUUGUACGAGAUGCUCUCCAGAGUGGCAAACAGGUCUACAUCCCGUAUAUUCAUACCCAAGACAAGACAUCCAUCAUGGACAUGUUCGCGCUCGGAUCCAUGGCGGAGUUUGAGUCAUUACAACCGGACAAAUGGGGGAUUCCGUCGCUCCAACCUACACAAAUUGAAGGUCGCCAGAAUGGUUUGACACAAGGAUUGGAUCUGAUUGUGAUGCCGGGCAUGGCCUUUGACCACGGGUUCCGGCGACUUGGUCAUGGUAAAGGAUAUUAUGAUCAUUUUCUAACGCGAUACUCAAAUAUGGCCAGAAAAAUGCCAUUCCUUGGUAAGAAGUCCCAGAAACAAUCCCUUUAUCCCCGACUGAACUCCAUGGCAGUUGCCCUUUCUCUGCGAGAUCAAUUACUCUCCGAGGAUAUUCCCGUGAUGGAGCAUGACUGGCUGAUAGAUGCGAUCGUGGUUGGUGAUGGUGAAUAUUUGGAUCGCAGGGUGUAG